AUGUCUUCAAGAACGAAUGAAAAUGAAUUACUAGUAGCUGCUGCUUUAAGCAAAAUAACAAAUCAACAUGUCAUUACUUAUAAUGACUAUAUUACCCGUAGAUAUGGCGAUGCUAUUACAUAUAAUAAAUUAGGUCUCGAAGAUUUUCAACAAAUUUGUUUGGAUCAUUCAACUAAUUUCGCGGAUCACAUCAGACCUGACACUCAUAAUGGAGCAACUUGUUCCCAUUGUCACGCUUUGCCCCCUUUGACCACUUUGCCGCUUCUGCCCAAUUUUCCCUAUUUGGUGUCAGCUGCCCUGAUCGGCGUGGUAGCGGGAAGCACUACUCGCGGGGAAUCAAGUCCUAACAACCACGAAGAAUCUGAGCCCACUAAUGGGGAAGAAACCGGACCAACUAAUAAUGAGAUGAUUAUAUUUGUAAAAUUGUUAAAUAAUAUUACAAAAUCCUUUAAAGUUUUUCCCCGGGAUACCAUUCUCAGUUUAAAACAAAAACUUGAAGCUGAAGAUGCUACUUUGAUGGGUUUGAUGGGGGAUUAUGAUUUGGUUUUUUCGGGACGUUAUUUGUUGAAUGAUCAUGGAACUUUGGCAGAUUAUAAUAUCGACAAUGAAUCUACACUUCACUUGAUUAUGAAAAUUAAAGGUGGCUCUAAUUCUAUGUCUUAUAUGGAUAAAGACCUUCUUGAUCCAGCUUAUGAUUUUGAUUUUACAAAAGUUGAUGAUUCAGGAACGAAAUAUUUUCGUGGACCUUAUGAAUAUAAAAGACCAUGUGGUUGGAAUCGUGUGGCGUUUAAAGCAGAGAAUAAAUACGACAAUAAUAUUUGGUUGGGAAGUGAUCGAAGCGCUUGGUCAGUUUCUUAUCAUGGUACCGAGAAAGUAAAUGCCAAUCCAAUCGCUAAAUAUGGUUAUUUGUUAAGUAAGGGGAAAAGAUUUUUGUAUGGAAAGGGGAUUUAUUCUUCACCUGAAAUUAGUGCUGUUGAAGGUUACGCGACGAUUUUUAAUCAUAAUGGUGAAAAGUACAAAUGUAUUAUUCAGAAUAGAGUUAAUCCCACAAAUCUGAAAAUAAUUCCCGGAAGCGUAACCUUGGAUGGUGACUAUUGGAUUACGAGCGAAGAAAAUAUAAGACCUUAUGCAAUUUGUACUAAAAAGUGUAAUAACAAUA